UUUUGUCUUACUGAGGUUCAGUGCUGCCUACAGUCUACGCAGGCCGUCCCUGCAGCGCGGCUGCCCUACAGAGUGAAGGUGUCUGCUGGGAAACACUACGCCUGGUGUGCUUGUGGACACAGUAAGAAACAGCCUUUCUGUGACGGUGCUCACAAGUCCAAAGCUCCGAGUAUCUCCCCUCUACGCUUCACCCCCGACAAAGACAGGACGGUCAUGCUGUGCGCCUGUAAGCAAACCAAAAACGCACCAUACUGCGACGGCUCACACUUUAAGGUCAUCUUCCGGGAUAUAGUGAAGUCAGUGAAAGGCGUCUUUAAAUGAAAGACAAUAAUUUAUCUCAACUCAACAUAAAUGCAGUAGUUGUGGAGAUGUGAUGUCCAGCACAAUUUUGUCCUUGUCAUUCCUCGUCAGGCUGAUAUUUUUGUCUGUAUAAUUAUAUUGUUUUUAAAAAAAAAUAUAUAUUAGUUUGCCUGAAUGUUGUAUAUAAAUGCAUAACCCAAUAAAACAUACUUGAAAAUAUA